GUAUGUAAAUAAAAGACAUUAAUAGUUUUUCCACCAAUGGUAUCAGCUCAUGUUUAGCCUACAUGUAACUCAUAUAGUAAUGGCUUUCAAGCAAUGAGCCCACCAACCUCCAUUAUCAUUUGUCAGAGCAACAGACAGCUGAGAAGAGGACAACAAUAACCACAGAGCUGUCAUGGAUGCUGCAGACAUGAAGUUUGCAUGCAGGGCUUGUAAACAUCCACCGUGCUGUCAGUAAGCCUAACAAUAUGUCCUGCAUCAUGUUCAGUACCACAACAGCAGCUGCUCUAUUAUUCCCCACCCCCUGGUUUUAUGUUGACUACAAUCAGGUUAUUAAUGUCUCUCACACACCUCUAAACACUGCAUGUAAGCUGGUCUAUGCAUUGUCCCAAAGAGAGCAGCAGCAGCUCUUUGUUUGUCUUUUGGUUGGUGACAGCACAGGAACAUGUGGUCAUGCAGCAGCCAAUGCCGAGCCCAGAGCAGGCGAUCAGCACUGUCAGAAUAGCAGCAGCAGCAGUAGUGCUGGCACCAGAGAGGAACUCUGCCAUCCCCCUGCAGAAAGAAACCCACUAAAAGAGAGAGAGGGAGAGAGGGAUUUGGUUACAGAGCAGAGGAGGAUGAGGAUGCAGUGGGAAGGGGGUGUUGCAGAGGAGGCUGCACGGAGGCAAAAACAAACAGGAGGACAGGCUGUGUGAUCCAGGUUUCAAGAUGUAGGAGCUGCAUCAGAAGAGCCUUCAGUCAGUGUGUGUGUGAGUGCACCAUAACAUCAGUGGACUUGUGUUUCAAGGAUAGUGAAGGUGGAGAGGCGCAACCUGAUAAGUCCUCCCCUCCACCUCCACCGAGGAUGAUGACAAAUUAGUACUUAUUCAGCAAGGAGCGAGUCCAUCACCCUAAGGAUCAGAUGUUGUCCACAGCUCAGCAGAUGCUGCAGGAUAGCCGCUCCAAGAUCGAGCUGAUCCGACUGCAGAUUAUCAAAGUCACCCAGGCUGGCAGCAGCAGUGGCGGUGGUAGUACUGGCGGGGAUGGUGGCGAUAACCUUAACAGCACCACUCACGGAGUGAUCUCGUCUGUUGGCAUCAGUGCUGUGGAUGCUCGUUUGGCAGAGUUGCAGCACUACAUGCAGAGAGAGACAGAUGCGUUGGUGCUGGCCAAAGAUGUGGUGAAGCAGCUGGAGGAAAUCUCUUCGCUGGACCAGAAGGCACUGGCUGAGGCUCAGCUCCGGGUGCAGGAGUCUUCCCAGAAGCUGCAUCUUCUGCAGCUGUCUCUUGAGAAAUGCAUGAAGGAAAAGAACCAGAAACCUCCACAGGAGCCUGCAGGGGAGUUCGAGCCUUCAGAGGGACCCCCGUCUCCCCAAGACUCCAGACCUGAAUGUCCCCUGUCCAACUCGCCGUCUAUCUUCUCUAUCAAACCUGCCUUUUUGACUGGCAAACUUGAAGUUAACCUUCUUGGAUGUGAGGAUUUACUGAAACCUCUGACCAGCCCAGAGCAGGGAGACCGUCUGAGUCCAAGUGAUGACGGUUCACCUGCUGCUGACAGGACGGACGGUGCGGAGAUCAGCGCGGUGCUCAGGCUGGACUCCAGAGUGGUCGGGCGGACACGUUGGGCAGCCGUCAGCAGGCUGACCUGGGAUCAGACGUUCUGCAUCCAGCUGGAGCGGUCUCGAGAGCUGGAGGUCACGGUCUUCUGGCGAGACCAGAUGACGAUGUGUGCAAUCAAGUCCCUGCGACUGGAGGAGAUGAUGGACAACCCAAACCACCACCAGGAGUUAUGCCUGGAGCCACAGGGCCUCCUCUAUGCCAAGCUUCAUUUCAUCGACACUGUUGUUGAGCGGCAGCCAAAACUGAGACGUCAGCGAUGUAUCUUCACUAAAGAGAGAGGGAAGAACUUCCUCCGUGCGGCCCAGAUGAACAUGAAUUUUGCCACGUGGGGUCAUCUGAUGAUGGGCAUCCUCCCUCGCUACAGCUCCUUCACCACAUUCAGCUCGCCCCUCUCCACGACCCCCGACCUGGUGGCCAACAACGCACAACGUCCAACUGAGAAGGAGCCUCAAACCACCCCUCCACUGCCGAGCGAAGCUCCAGAAAUCCAACUCCAAAUCACUGAGGAUCAGCCGUCUCCCACCGGCCUCGACCAGGGAGGCAACACACCCAACAUCAUCACCACAGCACGCAAAACAUCAUCUGUGCCUGCAUCGCAAGAAAACCUGUCGUCCAUAAACAACACAGAAGGAAGUGAACAUCCGCCUGUAUCUGCUCUAAAGAUGCAGAUGGAAGAUUUUAAAUAUAUUUCAGUUCUGGGAAGAGGACACUUCGGAAAGGUCCUGCUGGCAGAAUUUAAGAAGACAGGAAAACUGUACGCCAUCAAAGCCUUGAAGAAAAGAGACAUUGUGACUCGUGAUGAAGUGGACAGCCUUAUGAGCGAGAAAAGGAUCUUUGAGAUGGUCAACGCUUCCAGACAUCCGUUCCUGGUGAACCUUCACGGCUGCUUCCAGACCAGCGACCACGUCUGCUUCGUCAUCGAGUAUUUACCUGGCGGCGACCUCAUGAUUCACAUCCACAACAACGUCUUCACCGAGGCCCAGACCAGGUUUUAUUCAGCAUGUGUCGUGCUGGGUUUAGAGUUUCUGCAUCUGAAUAAAAUCAUCUAUCGUGAUCUGAAGCUGGACAACCUGUUAAUGGAUGCAGAUGGAUUUGUGAAAAUCACAGACUUUGGACUUUGUAAAGAGGGGAUGGGUCACGGGGAUCAGACCUCGACUUUCUGUGGAACUCCUGAGUUUCUGGCUCCCGAGGUACUGACAGAUGACAACUACACCCGAGCGGUGGACUGGUGGGGGAUGGGCGUCCUCAUCUACGAGAUGCUCGUUGGGGAGUCUCCGUUCCCCGGUGAGGAUGAGGAGGAGGUGUUUGACAGCAUCGUCAAUGAUGAUGUGCAGUAUCCAGGGUCUCUUCCUCCUGAUGCAGUCUGCAUCAUCCAGAAGCUGUUAAAGAAGAAUCCUCUGAAAAGACUCGGGGCCGGAGAGAGAGACGCAAACGAAAUCAAAGGAGAGAAAUUCUUUGAGACCAUCGACUGGGAAGCCCUCAUGGCCAAGACGGUAAAACCGCCAUUUCUGCCGUCAAUCAAGGAGUCGAUGGAUGUCGGCAACUUUGACAGCGAGUUCACCCGACUCCAGCCAAUCCUGUCGCCUCCCGCCAAGCCCUUCGUCCUCUCUGCUGAGCAGCAGGAAGCCUUCGCAGACUUCGACUUCUGCGCCUUGCAUGGAUGAAAGAAGAGCUGAAGUAACCAGGGUGGGAAAAUGACUACAUUUAGUUUGCAGCUGGACUGUUUGGCCACUUCAGAGCACCAAACAUCAUCAUUUACGUUUAAUCAACUCCCCUAUUGGCAAGUAAGAUAAUUCAUUAAUUAAUUCAAAUAAUUUAAUCAUGAAGAGAUUAGCUACUUUAUGUAUACUUUUUUUAAUAAAAACAUUAAAUAUGUUGCUGUUUAGCAAUGUUGCAAGAACAUUGACAGGACUUUUUAAACUUUAGCAUUUGGUCUAGUGCUGUUUUCGCUCAUUAAUUAAUAGUCAAUUGGCACAAAAUGCAUCAGUGACAAAUGUCAUGAUCGAUGACAGUCCUUUAUCAAAUACACAUACUUCCACAAAUAGACAUGAGUAAACGUUUUUACUUAUGGACUAUUGUAAGUUGUGGACUAUUAUAACCAUUAUUGCCAAAAUGUCAUCAUAUCUUUAGACAGUUAGCCUUAUUGAUCAAUCAAAGGAAAAAAUACAGAUUAAAGGAAGACUACUUUUAGGUCUUAUUUACCUAAUAUCAUACGGAUGAUAUCUGUACAAAAAAAGGUUACCUUCAGCAGCUGCCUAGCUUAGCUUAGCACAAAGUCUGGAGACAGGGGCCAACAGGUGGCCUGGCUUUGUCCAAAGGUAACUAAAUGUGUCGACCAACCCUUCUUGCUGUUUACUCAUCUCCAGUCUUUGUGCUAAGCUAAGCUAAGCUAAUCAACUGCAGGCUGUACAGUAUAGCUUCAUAUGUGAGUGGUAGAAAUCUUUUCAUCUAACUCUCACCAAGAAAGCAAAUAGGUAUAUUUCACAAAUUGUCAAACUAUUUCAUUAAAAAGAAAAUAAAUUAUUAGUUUGUUUCAAAAAAGUGAGUUUUGGAAGCCAGAAAUCUGACCUUCCAGCCUAAUAAUAGCUAUUCAUCAGAUCAACAAUCCUUAAAGAAAGUCUCCCACCCUGGUCUUCGUGGUACCACUAAACAAACAAACACCUUGGACAUUUCUGCAGCUCAGUCAUUUGCAAACAGGACCCUACAUACAAUCCCAUGGCUGAUUUUGCUGACUGUUCUCACCGCCAUACAGUCGACAGCCAAUUGUCGAUCCAAUAAACCAGGCAGCAUAUUUUUGUUGUUUUUAACAGAGCAAAGGAAUUUGAUCAUAACCCGUUGUAUUCUCUGUGGAGAGUCAAGCUUUGUAGUGACUGCUCCUGCAGUAAUACAACGCACCUGCUCCUGCUAUGAAGAGUUUAUUUAUGAGAGCUGCUCAGGUGAGAUGUUGUAAAACAAAUACAGGAUGCUUGAAGAGUUUAUAACACUAUUAUCACAUCUUUAUUCUUUUCAUAAUUUAGUUUUAAUACUCCAAUAUUGGAUGAUUUGCUAUGUACCAGUCAAAAUACAAAAUCGUACAAACAAAACCUUAAAUUAUAGUAACCGUGCAAUACAUUUAAUACAUACAUAUAUAAAAUACGUAGGUAUAAUUUUGGCAAGGCCCUACAUGCAUCCAGUGCUCCUCCGUUUGACGUCCUAAUUUUAGCCACUUUUCCUUUUGCCACAUUACAUAAUUUUGCUAAUUUUGCACCUGAUAAACAUAGGCAGUGAGUAGUUAAGGCAGCGACUGCCUGGACUCUCUAAGAGUCUGAAAGUUGCCUUAUGUUGCCUCAUAAAUGUAUAAAAUGAUGAUUGUCAUACCUCCCUGGAAGUUAACAGAUACUGUAAUGCUGACUCAUUUUCACAUAUGCAGCAGUGUUUGUUGGCUAAGUUGUGGGUGCAUCAGUCACAAAUGGGGCAUAAUUAUGUAAUGUGGUAAGAGAAAAUGUGUCACGGUUAGAAGAGUAAAGUACAGGUACCCUUUAAAAUGUAUUUAAGUCCAGGACUUGAGUAAAUGAACCUAGGUACAGUCUACCACUGCAGUACACAAAUUCACUAUAAAUCUACUGAAUUUUGUUUAAUAAAACAUCAUUGCCUUUUUUAACUAAACGUAUAAAUGUAAUUCUUGCCUCUAAUAACCAGUCGUAGCCUCUUCAAGCAUCCUGAGUUUUGGAGAUUGAGCUCGCUUUGUGGCCUUUGCUUAUUUCCAAUAUGUAUCCUUCCGAGGUACAGGUCGUGCUGCCGUUUCUAUGCAUCACUGUGACAGGCUUCGCCCACUGCCUUGACCAAACAAAUGAAACAAGCUAACCCAAUUUAUGGUUACAAGUCUUUUUUUAAACAUGGAAAUGUUCAACGUUUAUGUCAAGUCAUUCCCUUGUAGCAAAGACGCAUUCACAUGUCCGUCUCCACCUGACCAACUGAUUUCUGUGCGUGUAGAAGUGCAUGGCACCGUGUUGAACUAGAGAUUCUGUAAAAGCUAGCGAUAUAAUAAAGAGAAGCCGUAGAGAAUCUAAUAUAGCCAUAAUGAUAAGAAACAUAUCUGUAUUUUGAAUUUAGCAUAUCAUAUUCUGUGAUACUAAAGCUCUAAUGAUGUCAGUGCAAUAAAACGUAGAAGAAGAAGAGGAGCAGCAGGGACGAAGCUUUAAGAUGCAUGCCCUAUUUUUGUUCAAGCGCACCAAAAACAACAACAACUAAUAUCUCUUUUUUUUUUAUAUAAGUUUAAAAAACAUCAGCACUAAGGGAGAGCUCUGGGAACUACUGGGCACUGUUACAAAAUUAGCUAGGUGACUUUAAAGAGAAACACUAUCAUUGUAUCAUACUAUUAAUUGGUCUAGUCCCAGUUUUGAGAGGUCACAGCAGUUUUGCCUUUUUUCCCCCAGAGAUACUGAGUCAUCUAGACCGACAAAAACAAGUCUGUGACGUUGUCUUUUACUCCACGUUCCACAAAGUACAAGGCAACGUCACAUUCAGUAUACAAAAAAGAAACGGAAAUCCACUCAUGGAAUUGUGUUUCAUUAUCCUCGACUCCACCAGCUUUGGAGAAGAUUGUCAGCUGAAUUAAUAAAAUGUAACAGUACAAGUAGCCAACGUUGAUUUAGCUGCUGUAGCACUUUAAGUUUCUUCUGCUGAAUUGUACAUGCUACUUGUGUGUCAGUACUGUAUCUAUGUAUGUAUGUGACAACCUGAUGAGGAAUGUCAGUCUGUACAGAUGUACUCUAUAACAACAUGCAUAUCAUCAGUGUUUUAAUGUACUUUUAUUGUCAAUAAAUAAAAAACAGAACAAAUA